AUGGAGGAAGUCAAAAUGGAAGGUUCACUCCUGGAUGAUGAUCCCGUUUCUGAUGAUCCCACUCGUUUUUCAUCGUUUACCCCCGCUACAUCGGUUCAUGAAGCAGCCGGAGCCAAGCACGGAAACUCCCUUCACGACAGAUUCACUGCUCUCGCAUCCCCUUCAUCUGGAAGUAGAAGAUUCAAGUUGGAAAUCACAACCAGCAAUUUUGAUUUUCUUUCGACUUGUCCUAUGGAGUCCACGACUAGAAACCGCGAACAAAAUAAUGGGUCUUUGCUUGGAAACUCCGAGAACCGCAUUGGAGCGUUCAACAUGGCGUCAAGGGAGCUCCAGGACAAGCCAGAAUCUGAACACGAGAACAAACCCCCUUCAAGCGUCAAAUCUCCUGGCUCUUAUAAACUUAAUCCACUUGCAUCCACAUUUGAUGCUUCAGCCAAGAAGCAAUUCACUUUUUUAAAAUCCUCAUCUGAGUUCACGCCCACUAAGAGUCAAAUCAAUCCCUUUACAUCUCCAUUGGAGCAUACACCAACCAAGGCUCAAUUCAACCCAUUUGCCCCUCCAUUUGAUUUUACACCAACAAAAGUUCAAACUGAGACCACCUUGACGAGGACAAAAGCUGGAGCUGAUACUCAAGCGCAUCUACGCGAAUACAAACCCCCUAUAGAUGACAAUCAUGCCAGUAAAAUAACAAGCCAUUUCGACUUGGGAAAGGAAGUUUCAAUUGCUCGAUCUACUGGUGAAGAGAGCAACGAAAGCACGAAAUUUAAAAUUGACGAGGGAGCAACGUAUGAGCGCUCUGCGAGGAUGGAAGAAGGCAAUAACUCUCCGAACACGGAGUCCGAGGAUUCAGAUGAAAGCUUUGAGUUUGCACCUGAAAUAGAGGAGGAAGAGGAGUUUGGAGAUAUUAAAUUUAAGCAACUGGUUGAGGAUCGUUGGAGGUUUUGUCUCGAGGAAGAAACUAGCACAAAAGACAUGAUUACAGAUCCCGCGAAGGGAUUUGACGACCCUGGAUUUAAAACGAUUCCAGAUACUAUUAAGUCUAGAUACCCCCAAAUGGCUACGUUUCUAGCUACACUUGUUAUCCAAGAAACUGCAGCCAGUCUUAGUAAUGAUACACCUCCAUUGCCAAUCUGGAGCGGAAAACCCGAAGUCUGCGCUAAAAUACAGGCUGUUCCCAUCCAAAAAACUAUUUCGCCAGAGGUUGAACACAUCGAGGCGGGUUUAUAUCAAGGGUUACCGAUAAUCAACGCUAUCGCUAGGACGGGGGAAUCCCUCGAGCAGCCUGGAACCUGUGUAGGUGUAUCACCAUCUAGCAGGUGUUCUAGUGCUCUCCACUUGAAUCGACAAGCGGCAGAGGAUUCUCAUGACCGUAACCUUGAGAAGGUCAAAGGUUCUGCGGAAGAAACAAAAACCGAGCAGGUUUUAAGGCAUCGAGGUCAUUUCGAGAAACCUAUAGCCUUGGCUGAAGCCCCGAACGGCAAGAAAAUUAACCUAGGUGUUUCAAGUAGAGAUGAUGAAAUGAUAAUUUCGCAGCAGGAUAGUAAAAAAAAUUUGGUAGAGAACCUUACGACAAGUGAUGAUGGAUUCUUUAGAGAUUCUGAGGCUGGUUUCAAUCUACGCACCCCAAUCUCUCGACGUAGCUCCAUGUCAAGCGAGGGGAGUAUAACGUUUUCUUUGAGAGAGGAUUCUAUAUCAGGAAAAGAAUCGGAGAAGACAGGAAGGUCUUGUUUUGAGGAUGCGGAAAGAUCAAGACGUUCACCAGGUCCCAGUCCAAGCCCUAAACGGGGGUUUAACUUAAAUUCUUCAGCGGCUAGACCAAGAAGUUUCGACCCAUUCAAUUUUGAACCAAGAAGAGAUGAAAAUGCCAAUGAUCCGAAGAUUGUGACUGAAGACUGGCUUAGUCAACUCUCUUUUUCUUCGGAAAACGACAAUAUUGUUCUCCCAACGGGUCGGCCUUCAGUACUUGCUCGCAUACAUUCCCGUGGGAGUGUUUGUGAUGAUGAUGAGAGUGAUUCUGAUGGUGUUGCACCUGGGGAAUGGAUCAAACCAAUUGAGUUGAUUAAGAAAGAACCUCCCAAGCUCAAGACGGGGGAUGAAGCACUCAUGAAAGAUUCCCUUGGAGGAUCCUUCAAAGAAACUGCAUCUAGUCGCGGCUCAAGAAGACCUGGGCAAUAUGAUGGACCUCCACGACCGCAGUCCACAACUCCGCAAAUUGGUUCCCAGUUCGACAAAUUAUGCGAGAAAGAAAAGGAAAUUGUUGCAUGGCGCGAGAAAGGCAUGAUACCAACAACUUUGGGAGAUAAGAAAACUAUCACCUCGCUCACCGAAGGUAAGCAGGAACAAAUGGAUUUGGUACCACAACGUCAAAGUGUUCUAUUCACAUCGCCAUAUGGAAGGAUCGGCGAAGAUAGCCUCAAGAAUAAAAGCCAUAAGAUGCCAGCUAUCUCAUUGCUGAGCGUUCACCGUGGGGGUUCUAGUCGUGGUUCUAGUCGUGGUUCUAGUCGUGGUGGUUCUGCUAUUAAAUCGCAAAAAGAGUCCGUUAUUAGCGAUGUUUCAGCGAGAUGGCAGAGAUUCACCGACAAGCCCGGUUCGAUAACUCAAGAAUCUCUGUGUCUCGUAGAUAACCGAGCUCAGACUGUACCAAUUGCUCCUGAAACAGCUCCGGAAAAAGCCCAUGAAGCAAAGCAAGAUCCCUUUGAAGCCAAAAGUGGAACCUUCACGGACAAGCGGUUUGCCACCAAAAAAUCUUUUUACCAAGAAGCGAUGGCGAAAGAGAAUCUCGAUAGGAAGACGGCGGAGGCAUUGGAGGCACUCAUUAAGGACUCGAGGGAUGAUGCGCAGAGGAAAUCGCGCAAAGUUCAGAUGGGUGGGAAAGCAGGAAGGCUCAGGCCCGUCGGCCUUCAAGUUGCCAAUGUUAUUGUCAAAACGAAUGCAAAAGGCGAGAGGGAAUGGACUGUUGAACGACCAACAGUGAGGCAGUUUGAGGAGGAAGUGCCAAAGAUGGAGGCCGAUGAGAACUUGCCCAGGAGACAAGGAAAGCGUCGCUUUUAA